AGGAUUGAACGACAUUUGCCUCUAAAUAUCCUGCAAACCCCAUUCCUAACAUAUUUAACGCAAUGUGUAUGAUGAUGUUAUAAAAUAACAUUUCCGUUUAAGGGCCGGGCUUUUAUUUUGAAAGUAUUAUGUUUAACGUCACAUCUGAGAACUUCCGUGUUUUGGCUAGUUUCGCUGCUGCAAAGCAUGCACAAAGUCAGAUUAGCUAGCCCAACUCACAAAACCUCAUCUAAAACAGCAAUUUUGUAGCCGUAUUGUCGUAGGGAUGUUGCAACGUCCCAAGCCAACAGACUCGGAGGCAGACCUCCUGAAGGAGCAGCAGGAGUUCAUCAAGUCUGGAGGUCUGUCCGCUGCUAGCGUAUUCCGCCGUCCUGACAAGAGGAGAGGCGAGGCAGGGGGAGACGCAAAGGACGCUCAUAUUGGUCACACUGACGAGAGUCAGAGGGAUGUGGUCACCAUUGAAGAUCUUCCGGAUGAGCUUCCCUCUCUAACACCAGCACCUCCCAAAAAGUCCCGCUUCAAAAACAGCUGCGUCACCUUCGAGGAUGAAGACGCUGGUGUGACACUGGACAGACAUGACACCCACAUCAGUGCUGUGCUCUCCAAGAUCGUUGAGCGAGAUACCACUUCCAUUCCAAUAUCUCUACCAGAAGUUACAGGCAUGGCGUUCCCCAAAGUACUACACCGCUCAGCAAGCAGCACUCAGGAUACUUUCCCUACCAGGGGUAGGAAAAAGAGCAUCUUUGCUCAUCAGAUCGCUGCUCAGAGACUAAAAGAGGGCAAGCUUCCUUUACACUUCCCGUCGCAAACCCCACAGAAUCCCAAACCCAGGGAGCAGAACCUUCCUCCACAGAGAAAUAUGGAUAUAGAUCUGAGUAAUCUGUCGGUGUCAAUUUCAAGGCUGGUGUCUGGUCAGGGACUUGGGGGCCCAAACAGCUCAGAUGAAACCAGGAGGAUCCACAGGGAAAACCAAGACAAGCUCCUGGCUAUGUCCCAGUCAGAGAUACUCGAGGAGCAAAAUAAGCUCCUAUACCAGCUUGAUCCAAGGCUGGUGGAGUUUGUUCAAUCCCGCCGAGCUGAGAGCUCCGCAUGCAAACACCCUGAGGGCAAAAGCAGGGAAGGAAGUGUUCAUUUCAGUUCAGGCUCCUCCAGCGGCGCCGCGCCUUCUUCAAAACUCAAAGACGUGAUGAUGGCAGAGGAAGAAGUGUCUCCGCAAUCUGCAAAGACUGAUCUUCCAGUAAGACCUCAGAAGGAAUGGGUCCACAUGGAUCAAGUGGAGCCAGAUAAGCUGGAGUGGAUGGGGAACCUGCCUGCACCUAGAAAAACUCGAACAAAACAGGCAAUGCAGGCCCGCUUUGAUUUUAACGGAACUUUAAUCCCUCCGACGGAGGAUUUGCCCACCCACCUGGGUCUGCACCACCAUGGGGAGGAGCCCGAGCGUGCUGGUUAUUCCCUGCAAGAGCUCUUUCUGCUGUCUCGCAGUCAGCUCAUACAACAGAGGACUCUGGCCCUCAGCACCCUUGGAAACAUCCUCUCAAAGGCUCGUGCUGGAGAAUACCAUUCAACUCUGAAAGGCAGUAUAUUGUCGACUCUCCUCGAUGCUGGCCUGAUUUUCCUGCUCCGCUUUGCGCUGGAUGACGGCGUGGAAGGAGUGAUGGCCGCCACCGUCCACGCACUCAGAGCGCUUGUUGUGUGCACAGAGGACGAGGAGUGUUUGGACCUCACUUUCUCCUGGUUUCGUGGCCUGGCAUCCUUCCCUCUGUUGCCGUCGAAAGAGGAAGAGGAAGAAGACGACAAAAGUCUGGAUGAUAUUUUGAAAGAGACAGCCAAGGAGAAGGAAGAGAAGAAGACUGAUUAUGAUGUGGCCCGGCAGGACAUUGUUAAGGGCCUCUUGAGGAUGAAACUGCUCCCCAGAUUACGUUAUAUCCUUGAGGUGGUCCGACCCUCUCCGAGGGUUGUCCAGGAUAUUCUGGAGGUCCUGACUCGCAUUGCCAGACAUUCCUCUUCAUCUGCCACUCAGGUUUUGGACUGUCCUCGCUUGAUGGACACGGUGAUGUCCGAGUUCCUUCCCACUUCUUGGACUACACCGUCUUUGCCUCUUCCCCAGUCUGUUUAUGGGCUCCCUCUGGCCUGUGCCAUGAAGCUCUUAAGGAUUUUGGCUACAUCUGGCAGACAUGCAUGUGCCAGACUGUUGAACUCUUUCGGUGUGAGGGAACGUUUAUCCCGUCUUCUCAGUGUUGAGCCCAGUGAGCUUCUACUGGAGCCAGGCGAAGCCCUCAGGAUCACUACGGAGUCCUACAGGAUGUGGGCUGUAGCAGCAGGCUAUGGCCAGGCCUGUGACUUGUACAUAGACUUGUAUCCUGCCUUAGUGAGGGCGUUGCAGUCAUUUCACAGAAAACUGGCUCCCUCAGAUCCUCUGCUGCAGCCGCAGCUCCAGCGGGUUCUGGCUCUGCUCUCUCUGCUUACUCAGGUCACACACACUGCCGGUUGCCACCAGGAACUGCAGCUCGGAAUGGUUAGUUCUGCAGGAGAUGAAUGUCCUCCUCCUCCUCCGGUAUCAUGGGGCCAUGUCACAGGCCUACCUGCACCCCUAUUGGGCCAUUUCAAGAGUUUUGUAAAAGCCCUUGAUCAUCCAGAACAGAGAGACAUCAGUGUGAUUCUGAUGCCAGCUUACCUGCUUUAUUUUGCGGCGUUCUAUCGUCAGCUCUCCAAACAGAGCUGUUUUCAGCCUGUGGAAACUCUUAAUGAACUGGAACAGCUGACGUCUGGAGUUCUCAUUCCCGUGAUAUCCCACAGUGUUUUGCAGGACCUGAUAAAGAACUUGAAGUCUUCUUCAGUAGUGUGCAGUGACAUGUCUAGUCACGUGCAUCCAGACACUUCUCCCAGCCUUCCUGGUUUGGCUUGCCCAGGAUGGAGGGACCGUCCGGGGUUGAUGGUGUCCUCCUCACCCUUCCCUCUCCUCACAGGCCUUGUGCUUCUCUUGGAAACAAUCGUAGGCAUCCACAGAGGUCUCACCUGCAAGUUCACUGGCCUCCUCGUAUCAGAACCUGUGAUUGUUUACCUGCGAAGCAUCAGUCAGGCCACGCCCACCCUGUCCCACAGCCAGGCCUGGCUUCUGCACCAUGAACACCACCUCAUUUACCUGCUGCUGCGCUUGGCGUACAGAUCGGUUCCCAUUGAAGUCCAAGUUGCAAAGCAUGCCCCGCUCUACCACCAGGUAGCGCUUGUUCUUCUACCGUGGUUAUUGCCUGGCAACGAGAACCUUGCUCAUGACCUGCUCUCCACCCUCAUCUUCAGCAAGGACUUUAUAUCAGAGAGCCACAGUGGAGGUCCGGAGGCCAUCGAGCUCAGUGAGCUGAAGCUGCGCGAGGAAGCAAGCCAUCACACGUCUCCUUCGCUGCAAACCGUGGGAGCGCUCCUGAGAGAAGCAUGCAAGAACCUGCCGUCCAUCCGGGGCUGCUUUCUGACUCACCUGGCCCACAUGCAGUCAUCCGUGCUGGUGUCGCAAAAUGCUCUACUUGGCCGCAGCCCCUGGAUUAAAACCCACCUCCUCCCAGAGCUGACGGGUCCCAUUCUGCCGUUGGACUGGCCUUUCCUCCCGCUCGUUAGCCUCUAUGAGAAAACAGGGGCGUCUUGUGGUGGAGGGCUUGUUGUAGAUGAGCUCCCACAUGGGGCUCUCCAGACGGUCACCCAAUGUUUGCAGUGGCUGCUGGUGCUGGAAGUCUGGAGGGAAGAAGCCCUAAAGGUGAUCCUUCCAGUCGCAAAGCUGGCGCGGCUGUCUUGUGUAUUCCUGUGUUCCAGUGACUUGUUCCUGGAGAAACCCAUUCAGAAACUGACAUGGGGUCUGUUCAGGCUGCUUACCAGGCCAUCCAGGCUGGACUCCUUGGACCUGAACAUCCCUCCCCCAGGCCUUGCAUCCUUCCAGGAUUUGUAUUCGGCCCUCUUGACUCAGUACGAAGCCGUGUCCUUUGGAGAUCGCCUCUUCGGCUGCUGGAUUCUGUUGCCCCUGCAGAGGAAAUUCAGCACCCCCAUGAGGCUGGCCGUGUUCGGGGAACAUGUGGGGAUUCUGAGGUCACUGGGCGUCACUCCAGAUCAACUUUCCAUCGCAAUGGAGCGCUUCACCUCUCCGCCUGAAGACUCCCUCCCUCUUGUCCGUCUCUACUUCCGUUCGCUUGUUACCGGGAGUCUGAAGCCCUGCUGGUGUCCUGUCCUAUAUGUGGUGGCUCUGGCUCACGUCAACAGUUUUGUCUUCUGCCAAGAUGCUGCCGCACAGGAGGUGGAUGCAGUGCGUCAAAACAUAUUGAGGAAAAUCUACUACAUGACAGAUGAGGUGUUAAAGAACCACUUGCUGCUUUUCCGCCAGGCCAAUCAGGACUCAAAGUUGGGCUUCGAUACUUACGCUCAGUUGCCUCCCGUAAGAGCAAAGCAUCUGGAGAAAGUUGUGGGUCUGCAGAAUGGCACCUGCAACGAUAGAGGAGAGGAGCAGUGAUGGGGAAAAAAGAAGCUUGGACUUGUCAAAAGUGGACUUUGGAGCAGGUGUACUUUCCUCAUGACCCCAUCAUGUUUUUCCCAACUUUCUGGCUUUAGUUUGCAGUGAUUAUUAGCAUCUCAGACGGCGGAAUUAUGAUUAUUAGCAGGAUUCUGCCAAAACUACUUUUACACUUGAAAUAAAUGGAAGAGUAUUUGUCAUUUCUUAGCAAAUUGUUGAGGAAUCCUGAUGACAACAUUUUGUUCCGUAGUAUGUAAUCCAUCCCACUGAUAUACUCUAUCAUAGAUUAAUUAAUGUGUAUAUUUUUAACCAUACUUGACAUCUAAGCAUAGGUCAAAGGUCGGGCUGCACAAUUUUGAGAAAAAACUUAAUUGAGAUUUGCUAUUUUUACAUUAUACAUAAAAAUGCAUAAAACUGCGACAAUAACGAGGGAGGAAGACAUGAUACUUUUCGACUGUCAAUCAACAUAUUCUUGACUUAAAAAAUAUUUGGCUUUAUUCAGACUUGGAACUUUUGUCUACAUCAUGCUCUUAAACUGAAUAAAUAACCAAUACAAAUGAAAGGGACAAGCGGUAGAAAAUGGAUGGAUGGAACUAUACAGGGACUAUAAUGUAAUGUAAUCAUAAUAAUUAUUCAAGAAAUCAUAUGAGAGGAUGUCAACUUUUAUUUGUCAUUACUAUAGAAUUGUUUAUCAUUGUACUGUAAUUGGAAGGUAACAAACAAAUAACCAAAAUGGACUCUAAUUCAUGUGAGCAAAAAUGUAACUUCAAUAACUAUUAAACAUCUUAAAGUGCAUUUUUUUCCCAGUUGGAGAUACAAGGUUGGACGUUGUCUUUUUUUGUUUCAAUCUUGUGAUCAUGGCUCAUAUUGCCCAUCCGAUUUGAAGUAUAUUUGAAAUAUUACCACAACGGGACAUUUGGCUUUGUAAUCAUAUUUUUAUGCUCCUAAUUUUUGUUACUUUGAAGCACUUCUUACUGGCGAGUCUCGACGAGGGAGGCUCUUUUUGCUCCCUGUGUAUAUAAGCGAGGGGUCUCUUUCUCAACCGAAAUAAAUAUUGUGAAUGACUGAAAAGAUAAAUUACUGUGUUCAAGUAAUUCUAGUGUUAAAUAAACACGCUCAGGUGCUGACAGCGAUGCCGAGAGUGAGACGUGUUUUUUUUCUGUUUGAAGCUAGAGACGAACAAACGCGAGGCCUAAACAAUUCUGAUUGGCGAACAUGACUGUCACUCAAAUGCCGCAGACUGUGGAGAACAACAAACAAACAAAAAACAACCUUAGCCUUUUGUGGUUAUUUAUAGCACUCACUAAAACCUUGAUGUCGAUUCCAUAUCGAUUAACUGUGCUGACCAAGUCAAAGGUUUAUUGCAACUACAAUUCCCCAUUAAGGCACAUUUGUAAUUGUGUUCUGCUAUGUAUUGUUGUAAUCGGCUACAGACGCCGACAGCAAUGUGGCUUGGCAAAACUAAUAAUUUAUAUUUAAAACCAACA